ACUGACAUACUAGCAUUUAUUGUUUUUUUAUUGCCUCUCUGAGUUGGCUUUUGAAAGAGACACCAAGUGACAUGUUUAGGAAGGGUUUAAAAGUUUGACGUGGUUGGAUUAGGCAUUACUUGUCUAGUGAGGAGUGGAGGAUUGGAGCUUCUGUGGACUUCUGUGACCACUAGAGCAGCAAACCCAGCAAUGAAUAAUUCAACGGGCUGUUCAGCCAAUGCAACAGUUUGCAAUGGCACAUCCUGUGUAGUAACUUCUGGAAAUUUCAAUGCCAUUCUGAGUGUGGUCCUCAGUACCAUCUUGACCAUUCUCCUGGCUUUGGUAAUGUUCUCCAUGGGAUGCAAUGUGGAAAUCAAGAAAUUCCUAGGGCACAUAAGGCGGCCGUGGGGCAUAUGUGUUGGCUUCCUCUGUCAGUUUGGACUCAUGCCCCUCACAGGAUUCGUCCUGUCAGUGGCCUUUGGCAUCCUCCCCAUCCAAGCUGUAGUGGUGCUCAUCACAGGAUGCUGUCCAGGAGGAACUGCCUCCAACAUCUUGGCCUAUUGGGUUGAUGGCGACAUGGACCUGAGCGUCAGCAUGACCACAUGCUCCACGCUGCUGGCCCUGGGAAUGAUGCCGCUGUGCCUCUUUACCUAUACCAAAAUGUGGGUCGAGUCUGGGACGAUCGUAAUUCCCUAUAAUAACAUAGGUACGUCUUUGGUCACUCUUGUUGUUCCUGUUUCCAUUGGAAUGUUUGUUAAUCACAAAUGGCCCCAAAAAGCCAAGCUCAUACUUAAGAUUGGGUCCAUCACUGGCGCAAUCCUUAUUGUGGUCACAGCUGUGGUGGGAGGAAUACUGUACCAAAGUGCCUGGAUCAUCGCUCCCAAACUGUGGAUUAUAGGAAUGAUAUUUCCUGUGGCCGGUUACUCUCUAGGGUUUUUUCUGACUAGAAUAGCUGGUCAGCCCUGGCACAGGUGCCGAACAGUGGCUCUGGAGACAGGGAUGCAGAACACUCAGCUGUGCUCCACCAUAGUCCAGCUCUCCUUCACCCAAGAGCAGCUCAAUUACAUAUUCACAUUCCCACUCAUCUACAGCAUUUUCCAGCUCGUCUUUGCAGCAGUAUUCUUAGGAAUUUAUUUUGGAUACAAGAAAUAUUAUAGAAAAAACAAUGAGAAAUUUCCAGAGAGCAAAGACAACGAGAAAGUCCCCGAGUCAUCGCUCCAUAAGGUGAAUGAAGGCUUUCAACUAGAUGAAAAGUAGACACCAAAUGGACAAAAAAGAGGAAUUCUAAAGAACAUGCUUCAGCUAUAAGAAUAUUUAAUUAUUUGUUUUGAUGGGAUAUUUGUCAGGAAAAAGUUAAAGUCAAAAUUUAAAUUCUAAUGGAAUCCAUGUACUGGUUUUGGUACCAAGUGACUGUGGUCCAAAUCUUUAAUGUGA